CACAGGAAAACCCAAUCCUUCCUCUUCAUUUGGAAGGGAGAGCCCUGGAAGGGCCGAGAGGCCUUUCGAGGACGAGGAGCAGCUUACCUGGGUGCCUGCCUCUAACCAAAGCAGCUCACCCGGGUCCCUGCCUCUAUCCACUUCCCCAGGGACCUGAUGGAGGAACUGGUGGGGCUGCAUGAGGGCUCUUCAGGGGACCCUGUGACUCUGCAGGAGCUGUGGGGCCCAUGUCCCCGCAUCCGCCGAGGCAUCCGAGGAGGCCUGGAGUGGCUAAAACAGAAGCUGUUCCGCCUGGGCGAGGACUGGUACUUCCUGAUGGCCCUCGGGGUGCUCAUGGCCCUGGUCAGCUACACCAUGGACUUCGCUGUUGGGAGUGUGGUCCAAGCACACCAGUGGCUGUACCGAGAGAUUGGGGACGGUCACCUGCUCCGGUAUCUCUCCUGGACUGUGUACCCUGUGGCCCUCAUCUCUUUCUCCUCGGGCUUCUCCCAGAGCAUCACGCCAUCCUCUGGAGGUUCCGGAGUCCCGGAGGUGAAGACCAUGUUGUCGGGUGUGAUCUUGGAGGACUACCUGGAUAUUAAGAACUUUGGGGCCAAGGUGGUGGGCCUCUCCUGCACCCUGGCCUGUGGCAGCACUCUCUUCCUGGGCAAAGUGGGUCCCUUCGUGCACCUGUCUGUGAUGAUGGCUGCCUAUCUGAGCCGUGUGCGCACAGCGACCAUCGGGGAGCCUGAGAAUAAGAGCAAGCAAACCGAAAUGCUGGCGGCAGCGGCGGCAGUGGGCGUGGCCACAGUCUUCGCAGCUCCCUUCAGCGGCGUCCUGUUCAGCAUCGAGGUCAUGUCUUCCCACUUCUCUGUCUGGGAUUACUGGAGGGGCUUCUUUGCAGCCACCUGCGGGGCCUUCAUGUUCCGACUCCUGGCGGUCUUCAACAGCGAGCAGGAGACCAUCACCUCCCUCUUCAAGACCAGUUUCCGGGUGGACAUCCCCUUCGACCUGCCAGAGAUCUUCUUUUUUGUGGCGUUGGGGGGUAUCUGUGGCAUUGUGAGUUGCGCUUACCUCUUCUGCCAGCGAGUCUUCCUUGGUUUCAUCAAGAACAAUCAGUUCAGCUCCAAGCUCAUGGCCACUAGCAAGCCUGUGUACUCCGCCCUGGCUGCCUUGGUUCUCGCCUCCAUCACCUACCCACCCGGCGUGGGCCGCUUCCUAGCUUCUCGGCUCUCCAUGCAGCAGCUUCUGGAUUCGAUGUUCGACAACCACUCUUGGGUGCUGAUGACCCGGAACUCCAGCCCACCCUGGCCUGAGGAGCUCGACCCCCAGCACCUGUGGUGGGAAUGGUACCACCCGAGGUUCACCAUCUUUGGGACCCUUGCCUUCUUCCUGGUUAUGAAGUUCUGGAUGCUGAUUCUGGCCACCACCAUCCCCGUGCCUGCCGGGUACUUCAUGCCCGUCUUCGUCUUCGGAGCUGCCAUCGGGCGCCUCUUUGGGGAGACUGUCUCUUUCAUUUUCCCUGAGGGCAUCGUGGCUGGAGGGGUCACCAAUCCCAUCAUGCCCGGGGGGUAUGCCCUGGCAGGGGCUGCAGCCUUCUCAGGGGCUGUGACCCACACCAUCUCCACGGCACUGCUGGCCUUUGAGAUGACCGGCCAGAUAGUGCAUGUGUUGCCCGUGCUGAUGGCAGUGCUGGCAGCCAAUGCCAUUGCACAGAGCUGCCAGCCCUCUUUCUACGAUGGCACCAUCAUCGUCAAGAAGCUGCCAUACCUGCCACGGAUUCUGGGCCGCAAGAUUAGCUCCCACCGCGUGAGGGUGGAACACUUCAUGAACCACAGCAUCACCACGCUGGCCAAGGACAUGCCGCUGGAGGAGGUGGUCAAGGUUGUGACCUCUACAGACGUGGCCGAGUAUCCCCUGGUGGAGAGCACAGUAAAAUGGAGAUCAUGGCCUUCCUCCCUUGGGGUGACUGACUUGUCUGAAAAGAGACGGCGGCCGGGUGCUUGUAAGGCAGCCCCUGGGCAGCUGCUAGGGUAAGAGGUUGGGGACACACCAGGGUCUUUCAGAAGCUUCCCUUCAGGCCUCCCUUCAAGCGUUUCCCAGAUGAGGCCCCUCCCCCAAAUCCCUGUUGCCAUGAGGAAAACAUCUCCUUAAAGACAAAAGCAUGGCGGCCCUUGUUUAAAGGUCUGGAACCCAGUGCUUGGGGAAACCUUUACUAGAGCAUCAUUUCCUGUGGGGACAAGUCCAGUAUCUGCAUCCAGAAGACAAGGCGGGGUUGGGGGGUAGCCCUGCCCACUCAAGGCCACUGUCAGCCCUGUGUCUCCCUGUGCAAAUGAGACAAGGUGCACACCUGGCAAGCACAGCACAGCUGGAUUUUGGUCUCCACUUGCACUUUGGGCAGGCAUCUUGUGCAGUGAGCAACCUGUGCAACCAUAUGGGUCACCCCUAUGCCCACCCCCAGAGGAACAGAUCCACUUAUGAGCUAAAGAAUUGUGAGUAUUCCACUGAAGCUCUGUGUACUGCAUUUUCAUCAUCUGAAAAGUAGGGCUCAAGAGAGUAUAGGGUUGCCAGACGUUCUCACCCCAAAUGCUAGGCCCUUUUUCCCACUAGUCGGAAGACUGUUAGCAUUACACCAUGGAACAUGCCAAAUAUCUCAUCUGAAAAUGUUUGCAUUGGAAUGACCCCACCAAGAGGCUUCACCUCCUGGAGCAGAGGAAGAAUGAGCCUUUAAGACAAAGUCUUCUUUUACCCUUAGAGCCACAGCAAAGUGCUUCAACCAACACAGGCCCAGGCUGUGGGGCCCCACUGCUCACCCAAGAAAUAGCCUCAUUGUUCAUUAUAAAAGGAAGAGGAGGGUGAGCGCGGUGGCUCAUGUCUGUAAUCCUAGCGUUUUGGGAGGCCAAGGCGGGCAGAUCAUGAGGUCAGGUGAUCGAGACCAUCCUGGCUAACAUGGUGAAACCCCGUCUCUACUAAAAACAAAAAAUUAGCCAGGCGUGUGGCAUGCACCUGUAGUCCCAGCUACUCGGGAGGCGGAGGUUGCAGUGAGCCGAGAUCGUGCCACUGCACUCCAGCCUGGGCAACAGAGUGAGACUCUGUCUCAAAAAAAAAAAAAGUCUUUUAACUUGAGAAGAUAACCAAAAAAAAAGAAAAAUAAAAGGAAGGGGGACAUGUGUAUGUCUGGGUGUCAAGUUUUUAUUCUACUCAACAGAAAGCAAAAGCACCAAGCUGGGCCCUCAAAACUAAAUAUCCAACAAUGCCAGUGAUACCCCAGGGCCAGAGUGAAGCUUGCCAAGGCCCCCAGCACACAGGAGGGCCUCAGAACACGGUGGUCUCCUGGGCUCACACUUUUACUGGGCUUCUCCAGAUGUGAAACCUCUUGGGAAAUGAAGGAGAAAGCCCAGACCUGACACACAGACGUCAUCGUGCCAGCGUCCCCAGCUCACUCCAGUCUUGAGGACCUGCAACGUGGGGGAUCUCAGUGGUGGCCAGGGUCCCUGCUGGCCCCCUGGCAGCCUCGCUCAGUCACCCUCAGCUACCACACCUCUACUUCAGAAGCUGAAUGUCCUUGGGCAAGACAAUGAGCCUCUCUGUGCCGCUGAGCCUGUUUCCUGUCCUUUAUAAAGGGUGACAAUAGUUACAAUAGCCCCACAGGAACACCCAGCAUAGUUCUUGGCUAAGUAGGUGCUAAGUCAAUGUGAGUCCCUGUUUCUUUGUAACGCACCUCUCUCCCUCUCCCUCUCCACUUGCCAGAGUCCCAGAUCCUGGUGGGCAUUAUACGAAGGCCCCAGCUGGUGCAGGCCCUCCAGGCUGAGCCUCUUUCCUGGGCUCCGGG